AUGAAGAAAAAGCACUCGGACGAAGGCAAGCAGGAAGGAACCACACUCGAUGAACAGGUCGUACAUUUGAACGAUACCAAGCUUCAAACACUGGAAGAUGCAGCCUCAGAGAAGUCGCAACAUACGAGGAAGAGGAAGGCGAAGGAACAGUCGGAAGAAACCCCUUCUGAUAGCAAACCACGCAAGAAAAAGAAAGGCCAUCGUCCACCAGAUUUGCCUUACCCAGAUCCUAGUGUGGACGAGUCUCUGUCUGAUCAAAGUCAGAAAUCGUUAUCGUAUGCAUAUGCACGAUUCCAGGAUCCACCAAACUGGAAGUUCAAUAAAGCCAGGCAGAUAUGGCUCAUCAAAAGAUUAUGGUCGGAAGAAAUGGCGAGUUUCUCCUGUGAGUUUGACGAUUGCAAGGCUGAUUGUGGUUUUCUGUCCCAGAUACCCGAGAAAUAUUUUGCGCUAGUGACUAAAUAUCUCGCAGACGUAAAGGGGGGGAUUCGAGACAACCUCAUACAAAUGUGCAAUUCUGUAGUGACUUCAGUGACAGCGGAUCCUGUGACUUCAGAGCCGUCUGAUCUCUCGAAUGAAGGGUCCACUAUCACGACUAAAAUGGCGAGGGCUCGUAGCUUACUGGAUGCUCUGUCGGAUGUACAGUAA